GUGCUGAGAUCAGCUGUCCGAAGGCCACUCAGGAGCUGGGUCUUAUUCUGAAACAAGGAUACCUGGAAAAGAAAUCCAGAGACCCCAAAAUCUUUGGCUCAGAAUGGCAGAAGCGGUGGUGCGUCCUCAACCAGAUGGCCUUCUCCUACUAUGCAAAUGAGAAAAGUAAGCAACCCAAAGGCAGGUUUCCAAUCGAGAACUACCGUGCCCGGCUGGCUUCCUACCUGCGCAAGGAUGCCCGACGAGAUUGCUGUUUUGAACUGAUGUGUCCUGGCAAGCGCACCUAUGAGUUCACAGCUCCCAGCCCGGAAGACGCCAAGGACUGGGUGGAUCAGAUCCUGUUUCUACUUCAGGAUAUGAGGUCCCUUGUUAUCCCUUGUGAGGAGGAUGUCCGAGAAGAGGCCUACGAUGACAUUGACAGCUUUGAUUCCUCACAUACGAUGCUUCAGAAGAAUUCUUCUCUCAACCCGGAGGAGGAGGAGGAGAGCGAGGAAGAGAGCAAAGAGGGCAUUUAUGAAAUCCUACCAGGUAAGCAGAUUAUCAGAUGCAUCUUUUCUCCUUUAAAAUGUCAAUAA